AUGGAAACAACACUCAUGUGCUUUCUUUAUUAUUUGUUCAUAAUAUUUUGUUACUACUUUGCCAAUUCUGUACGUGCUAUUGAAUCACCAAAGUAUACAGUAAUACAAUCAGAAUCAGAUUUUCAGAUCAGACUCUACAAUGAAUCCUCAUGGAUCUCUGCUCCAUCUUCCAGAACUAAUUCCUUCGAGAAGUCCACCAAAGCCGGAUUUCAGAGGUUGUACCAAUAUAUUCACGGAGCGAAUUUAAAUUCUUCCAAAUUUGCAAUCACUGCUCCAAUCUUAACAAGAAUUCCUUCAUCAAUAUCUUCUGAGGUUGGCUAUAGUGUAAGAAUGUAUUUAUCACCUCACUUUCAAGGGAAGCCUCCACAGCCUAAUCCCGAACUGAAGUUGCAACUUGAGAAAUGGAAAUCUCAAUGCAUAGCAGUUAGAAAAUUCAGUGGAUAUGCAAAGGAUGAUAACAUUAACAAAGAAAUUGAAGCUCUGGUUAGUAGUUUAAACAAGUGGCUAGAUAAAACUUCAGAAAUAGUACAUGAUGCAAGCUCGUAUACCGUUGCUCAAUACAAUGCUUCCUUUCGUAGUACUGAGCGGGUAAAUGAAGUGUGGAUAAAUGUGUCAGGAUUUAGAAGUGACUGCUGA